AUGUCUGCUCCUGAUUUAAGACUAACCACAAUCUAUGGCGGCCUCCCCGGAAAGGUGGCUGUUGUUACCGGCGGUGGUAUUGGAAUCGGCAAGAUGAUUGCUGCCACCUUUGUCCAAAACGGAAUGAAGGUCUACAUUGCAUCCCGAAAACAAUCCGUCAUCGAUGAAGCUGUCGCAGACCUCAACAAGAUGGGAGCUGCUUCUGGUGGAAAAUGUGUCGGUUUAAUCGCUGACUUGACCACGAAAGCUGCCUGUCAGAAAUUGGCAGACCAGAUUCUGGCAAAAGAACCAAAAAUUCAUGUCUUGUUCAACAACUCUGGAGUUUCCUGGGGUGCACCAAUGACUGAUUUCCCUGAAGAACAAGGUUGGGACAAGCUUUUCGCUUUGAACGUCAAGAGCAUGUUCUAUAUGACUGUCGCUUUAUUACCCGGUCUGAAAGCUGCUGCCAACGGAAAUCAAGACCCUGCCAGAGUCAUCAACAUCACUUCCACUGCUGGUGUCUCGCCCAUGGUUGAAAAUGCAUUGUCUGCUCCAGGAUCAGGAACUUUCUCUUACGCACCAUCCAAAGCAGCUGGCAACCAUUUGACACGAGUAAUGGCUGCUUCUCUAGCCAAGGACUUCAUAACAGUAAAUGCUAUCGCACCAGGAGUAUUCCCAUCUCGAAUGACUGCAUUCGGUAUCCGUGAAAACGGAGCAACCAUGGUGAAAGGACAGCCUAUGGGCCGAAUUGGAAUGACUGAAGAUAUGGGUGGUGUCGCCCUCUUCUUGAUUUCCAAGGCUUCUGCUCACACUACUGGCAUGGUCUUGCCCUUAUCUGGUGGUACUGAAUUAGGUAACGCCAUGGCAUCUAGAAUUUAG